AUGUGCCAGGCUCAUGGAAGUGACUGCGCUUUCCCUCCCAGCCCAGAAUCCAAUCAAAGAAACAAAGGAGCCUCCAGGAGGGGGAAGGCUAUAGUAGCUCGGUCCGCCCGGCAAUCAUCUGUGACGGCCGCCCCGUCAAACCGAACAAACGAAUUGUCCCUUGGGAAUAACCCCCUGAGCUCGACCAGCCAGCCUCCCUCUACCGUCUUAACCGAGGCCCCGCAAAUUCAUGACAUGGCAAUCUCUCUCGAUCAGGAAGAAGAUGACGACAGCCCUCAUAUUGUCGGCCCAGCUCUCACUAGCGACAACCAUGUUCUUGCUGAUUAUCUUUCCACGGUAUCCGGCGCUCGCGGCGGAACAAGGGGCCUGCCUAUCAUCCGGCCCAUGAUGGGUGGUGAUUCCGAACCCGUCAUGUUCACCAAGGUCAUGAGGCGUCCCCUUGGCAUGGCUAUGAACCCCUCUCCCCCUUCCCUGCAGUUACAGGCCAUCGAGAAGCUCGUCGAGCCGUGGACUGAUCAGGUGGUCGACAUGUACAUGGGCAAGACGAACAUCUGUUUCCCUCUGUUGGACGAAGCCUCCUUCCGAGAUCAGUACCUCAAUGCCCGGGGUCGCAUUUCCCCCGCCCUUCUCUCGUGUCUUUACGCCCAUUCCCUGUCAUACUGGCAGUAUGAUGCUCAUCUCUCCUCCCAACGAUGCCCCGAUGGACGGUUCGUGUGGAACCUGGCGUGCCAAAUCCUUUACUCGGAGCUUCAAUACUCGCCCGGUAUGGCAACCAUCGCCGCCAUGCUGCUCAACGCGGGAGGUCGGCCUUCUACCUCCAUGAUCGGCAAUGGCGUGCUGUUGGGUGCGGCGGUUUCCAUUUCUUACUCCCUCGGCUUGAACCGCAACCCGCUCUCCUGGCAUAUCCCUCAGUCGGAGAAGUACUUGAGAAUGAAGAUUUGGUGGUGUCUUUUGAUUCAUGAUCGUUGGUACGUCUUAGCUUACGGCACGCCGCCUCGGUUGAGGCGAGAACACUAUGACGUCCCAUCUCCGACACAUGAGUACCUGUCAACAUCCAAGGAGAGUCAGGGCGCAGAAGCGGUCUUCAUUUCCGUAGUCGGACUAUCGGAGGUGUUGGAAGGUUUUCUAGACUAUGUUUACCUACUCCCAGGGGGGUCGGCGUGCUCCUCGGUGAGCGAAUUGGAACUCAGCCUCGACAGGUGGAUUGAUUCCUUAGCAGGAGACGUCCGAAAAAUCAUCAUCCGAGGUACUCACCUUGGCGUCCAUGGAGCCUCCAACCUGCGACUCGCCUAUCUUUCGAUCAGACUUCUACUACGGCGUAUUGAACUGAACAACCACAAGCAGUCGACAGACUCGGAUCCGGAGAAGCUGAGUUGUCGUUACGUGCAAGUCCGAAGGACGGCCGAAGAUAUUGUGCUUCUCGUCCAGGAGCUAGACGCCCGUCAGCUUGGAGAUUUCUGGCUCCCGAUGUCUGCUUUUACAUUCUCCCACACGGCGACUCUCUUGAUACGCUGUGCUCUGGAAACGGAGGAGAUGCCAGCUGCACUGGCCAAGAGUCCCUCACUGCUAUUAGCGAGCGAGCUCCUUAAGGCCUUGCGUUCGCAUCAACGACAGCAUGGCUGGGAUCUUGGCGACAUUUGUCUUGCGCAGCACUCUGAUGUCGUUGACAAGUUGUUAACGCCUGAUCCGUCCGAGGACCCUCUAGCCAAUCCCUUCCCGGAAUUGCAGUGCGACUUCAUGCCAGACUUUCCCUUUAUGGACGACUUCUUUUUGGGCCCCAACCCUGAUUGA